CAACACAAUCAGCAAAAUGUUGGUGUGAAGACUACAUCCAAGUGGCAUGCAAUAUUACCAAUAUUGCUGAUGCGAUCAGUUCACACAAUGACAUGUGGAGAUUCGCUAUGUUGACAUAUAAUAUUCUAGUAUACAGUAAUAGUGUACAGAUAUCGUCCUAUGGAACGAGCGAAAUAACAACGUAUGAUGACGUCAAAUCGACAUCUCCAACUUUACAUCAAACAGAUAAGCUGACAGCAACAACAAAACUUGCGUUUCAAUUUGACAUCGAUGAGAGCAAUCACAACAUGUUCAUAAUCAUCAGCACUGUGGGCUUGGCAGUAGUACUCUUUUCGGCCACUUUGCUGAUUUGCGCCUUCAGGAAACGCUCCAUGCGUACAGAAACAACAAGACAAAUGCUCAAUUGCAAUACCGGCGCAAAUCAAGUCGCCAACAAUGAUAUGUCAUCUUUAGCCAUAACCAGAAGGGACGGCUUCAUAGAGGAACCCAAUCGAGACAUACACGUUCUUUUUAUGUCGCCUAUUGCUGACAGUUAUCCACUUUCACGAGACAAGCCUCCAACUGACAAUGCCACAGAGUCUCAACAACGAGAGAGCGAUGUGCACACAUAUGAAGACAUACCAGACUUUCCACUUACAGAAACAGUCGCUGAAAAUGGUAUUUAUUGCAUUCCUAUCGUUUUUUUUGCCAGUAUUCCUCUCUUUAUUCCACACGAGAACGCGUAA